AUGGGCACUCGCAUAAAACAGACGCUGCAUGACCGUCGCAAAGGAGAACUCGCGCUCUCUGAUUUCGCCGACUAUGUCGAAAAGCAGCAAGCAAAGAAUCGCACCAAGCCCGUCGAAACCAGCGCUAAUGAUGCCGGUCAUUCCACGGAGGCACGCUCUUCUCUCACUGAAGAUCAUGCCGAACUUGAAAUCCUCGAUCAGCUGGGACUCUCCGACAGCCCAAGUCAGGUGAAGUUGAAAGAGUGGCUGCUAGACACAUCGCAAGAGGGUACUACAUCAUUGCAGCAGCUCGCCGGGCUUAUUCAAUCCAGAAUAGAUGAAGGCCAUGGCGAGACAUUGUUUGACUUGGGCCUUGAGGACAGUGGCGAAUCUAUGGGCCUUACAAAAGAAGAUUGGGAGCUGGCAUUGGCAAGGGUCACGGAGGCGGCCGACUCGGUGAAAGCUGCAGUCCGGGUACUACUCACCUCCAAUGUUGGCGGCUCAGAGGAAGCUCAGUCAAGUUCCAAGGACAAGUCAUGCCACGGCAAGCUGCUGAUCCGACAGACACCGGCGACAGCAGAGGAAGUCAUCGAGACUCGAAUUGCGGUAGUAGGCAACGUCGACGCCGGGAAAUCCACCAUGUUGGGUGUACUUGUCAAGGGAAACUUGGACGAUGGGCGAGGUAAAGCUCGAGUCAAUCUUUUCCGCCACAAGCACGAAAUUGAAUCUGGUCGAACUUCGUCUGUUGGCAUGGAAAUCAUGGGCUUUGACACUCAUGGCGACGUCGUCACAUCUGGCGUGCCUGGCCGGAAGCUGACUUGGGCAGAAAUUGGCACUCGAUCAGCCAAAGUCAUCUCGUUCACAGAUCUAGCAGGACACGAGAGAUAUCUGCGGACGACAGUCUUUGGCCUGCUCUCUUCCGCUCCUAAUUAUUGUUUGCUUAUGGUUGCGGCCAACAAUGGUUUGAUCGGUAUGUCGAAGGAGCAUCUCGGUAUAGCGCUCGCGUUGAACGUCCCCGUCAUGGUUGUCAUCACCAAGAUUGAUAUCUGCCCACCACAGAUUCUUGAGCAGACCAUUACGCAGUUAACCAAGAUACUCAAGUCGCCUGGUGCACGGAAGAUCCCAAUCUUCAUCAAAACACACGAAGAAACCGUCGUAACGGCUUCACAGUUCGUUUCUCAGCGAAUAUGCCCGAUCUUCCAAGUCUCCAACGUCACUGGAGAAUGCUUGGACCUUGUGCGAACGUUUCUGAACAUUCUUCCACAUCAUGGUCAUUAUGACGGUCAAGCUCCCUUCGAGUUUCACAUCAAUGAUACCUUCUCCGUCCCCUUCGUGGGCACGGUCGUGUCAGGGGUGGUCAAGUCCGGAGUCAUCCAUGCCGGUGAUACGGUGCUUGUCGGUCCGGAUUCACUAGGUCAGUUCCAGACGACAAAUAUUCGAUCCAUUGAACGCAAACGAAUACAAGUCCCCGUCUGCAGCGCAGGUCAAUCCGCAUCCUUCGCCUUGAAACGCAUCCGACGCAAAGAGGUCCGGAAGGGCAUGGUCGUCCUGCCCAAACUCGAAACCCCACCAAAAGUAUACCGCGAGUUUGUUGCUGAAGUCCUCAUCCUGUCGCAUGCAACCACCAUCCGACCGAAGUAUCAAGCAAUGCUGCACGCGGGACCCGUCAGUCAGACAUGCGCCAUCAUCGGCAUUGAUCGCGAAUUCAUCCGGACUGGAGACCGUGCAACCGUCGCAUUCCGAUUUGUGCAAAGGCCCGAAUUUCUUGCCGUCGGAGAGCGCAUUUUGUUCCGCGAGGGCAGGACCAAAGGGUUGGGAAUCGUUAAGUCGCUUGGCUACGAACCGGGCUCUUUGGGCACGCAACCUCAAACGCAGAGUGAAAUCGAUCCUCAAGACGAGGUGAAUGGCAAACAGAAGGCCGAAGACAAGGCGAGUGGAACUGGGAAGACUCCAGCGACAGCGGUAGCAAACGGCAAGGCGAAAUGA